AUGGCGACUGCUCCGGCCCCCGGUGCUGGCAACGGCCACGUCAAGCCCCUGACGGAGCUUCCGGUGGCGCAGGCAGCCUUCGGUGCAGCCCACGCGUGCCUCGGGGCAGGCCUCUCGGCCAAGGUCACGAGCACGGCCCUCGACGGAACGCAGGACAUCCUGUCCGAUCUGGACGUCCCAGGGGCCUCCGAGGCGAAGGCACUCCUCCGUGAAGUUGGCCGCGCAGACCUCGCCAACCGCCUGGGCAAGUACUCAAAGGUGCGCAAUGGGGUCGCCCAGCGAAACGUCCGCCUGCAAAGCGACAUCGAGGCAACGAUGAAGGACACGAACCUCGCCGAGCAGGAAAUGAAGCUCAGCGAGAUGUGGAGGCCAGUAUUGAGGCAGACGGCGAAGCUCCAGGAGGUCAAGAUUCAGAAGCACGAGCAGGAGAUCGCGGCCCUGGCGGAGCUGACGGAGAAGGGGCGGCUCCAGGGGGCUCAGAUCCAGAAGUACCAGCAGGAGUUCACCACCGAGCGGGACGAGACGGACUCGUUCAAGCUCACGGUCAAGGAGUACGAGAAGGAGAUCGUGGCCUUGGAGGAGCUGAAGGAGGUGGCGCGGUCCCAGGAGGACAAUAUCCAAAAGUACCAGCACGAGGUCAAGGCACUUGGCAUCGUAAUCGACCUGGCCAUGCAGGCAUCAUCGGAGUGCAAGGACAUGCUGGGCCUUGCGCUGGAGCUUAUUCAGCGGGCCUCUGAGGCGGUCGCGUUGGGGCCCCGCGACCGCGCGCGGCGGCUCGCCUGA